GUGUUGUUAGAUGAGAAGCUGGAAAUUUGCCGAUUCACCUCCGUUCGUCUCUACAAACUCUUGGUCAAUUGGAGGGCAUCCCUUGGAUUGCAUCCUUUGGCUUGAUCUCCCCCGUUCUGUGCCUGGAUCCCUUUCCCCGCAUCCCAUCCCGCAUCCAUCAUGAGUAUCCUCUCGUACAACGGCGGAGCCGUGAUCGCCAUGAAGGGCGGCAAUUGUCUGGCCGUGGCCACGGAUUUGCGCUACGGCGUCGAGCUCCGCACCGUGACCACGGACUUCCCCAAGAUGUUCGAGAUUCACCCGCACUUGUGGGUGGGCCUGCCGGGUCUGGCCUCGGACACGCAGACCGUGUUGGAGAAGAUCCGCUUCCGGGUCAAGAUGUACGAGUUGCAGGAGAACCGGCCCAUUCAGCCCGAGACGUUCGCGGCCAUGUUGUCCAAUAUGCUGUACGAGCGCCGAUUCGGCCCCUUCUUCAUCGAGCCCAUCGUGGCCGGACUCAACCCGCACACCCAAAGUAUCUACUUGUGUAGCAUGGACCUGAUCGGCAACGUGACCACGCCCGAGGACUUUGUGGUGGGCGGCACGGCCGAGGAGCAACUCUUGGGUAUGUGUGAGACGGUCUGGUCCCCGGACAUGGACCCAGAUCAGCUCUUCGAGAGUGUGAGCCAGGCCUUGGUCAACGCCGUGGAUCGCGACGCCUCGGCCGGUUGGGGCGCCGAGAUCACCAUCAUCGAGCCCCAUCAAAUCACCACCCGACGCAUCAAGACCCGGAUGGAUUAGUUCUAAGAAACCUUGAUUUAAAAAAAAAACCCGCCCAUCCUUCUUUUUAACAAUAAAAAUCGUUCGACAACAUC